GUGGCACGAUUCAGGGAAAGAAUGAAGAACCAAGUUCCAGUCGACUACCAGAAACUGAAGAACCGAGUUCCAGUCGACUACCAGAAACUGUCGGUCCGUCAGAAGUACCGGAGCAGCAACAAAUGGAUCGGGUUGAAGCAGUGCGAAAACCAAAAGAGACCGUUGUUACUCUAGAAUUGAAUGUACUAGAAUACGACACCGACGAGCGAAAGCAACAAUUAAAUGAGGUCUUGGAUUCUAUUAGAUUAAAUCUUCUUCGCCGAUGAAGCAAAGCAAAAAUUAAGAGAGUUCUUGGAU